AUGCGAAAAUCCAACUCACCAACGGAUUUCAUGACAUCCGAAACUCUGUCCGCGAGAUCCUAUCUGGAACUCAGCCACGAAGCGGUCGAACUAGAAGAUCGAAACGCCCAAAGCACUCAAGAUAUCUGGAUACAGGAUUCCUUUCCUGGCACAUCCCCGAACACCGCACAGGGCAAGUUACGCCCGUCAGAACGGACAGAGAGGCAAAAGUUGCCCCGAGGGGCUGCGGAGCAGGCGAAGUCCGAGUCGUCGAAGACCGAAACGGAGCCCGAAACAAAGGACCCACUGCUCGAUCGCCCCGUGCGUAAACGAGGCCGACCGAGAUUAGAGACACCAAAAGAUGCUGCUGCGAUCGAGGAACGACGCAUGCAAAUUCGCCGCGCUCAGCGUACAUACAGGCAGAAAAAAGAAACAACUAUUCAAACACUAGAGACACGCGUCAACGUACUUGAGCAGACAUUACAAAAUGUUUCCGAUAUACUGAAUGCGACCAAUGAUGAGACUCACGAACUUUCUUUAAAUCCUUCACAAGAUCUAGCGCGAACAAAGCAGUUGAUCCUAGCAGAGAUUCACAAAACAAUAAUACCCGCAGGGAGAUUAAGCCAACGCCCAGUUCAAGAUGCAAAAACCCUUCGCGAUAUGUUUGGAUACCAGGUGCAUCAAGCACACCAAUACCUAACCCCCAGAUCACCCUCACCACUUCUCAACCGUCUCUUCCCAACAACAACAAUCUAUACCUACAGCAAUCAAGAAUCAAAUCUAUCGCGCCGUCUCCAUCGCUUCUGCUUAGAGCAUACGUACCGCUGGAUCAAUAGCCCACAUUCCGAUCCAGCCCUACUGACCCGUGUAUUCGGCCUUUUCCCAUGCAUUCAUGACAUGCCCGGCGUGCGCCGCGCUUUCCGACGCGUGCUCCAAUCCGAAAUAGGUAGCCCAUUAGAAGGCAACAAACUACCAUUUUAUACGCUCGGAGACGCGGGUAGACAUUUCCCACGCUGGAAAGACGAUGGCGAGCCCAUUUAUCCAGAGAACACGCGGAGACCGGGAAAAAUUCUCCGAAGACUAGUACGGAUCCUGCGACGAGGUGGGAUCCAGGACUGGGAUGAAGAUUGGAGUGGAGAUAAGGAACCUGGAAUCCAGAUGCUGGAUGAUGUGGAUAGAUUAAUGAGUAAAGAGGACCGGUUGCAUGCGCUUGAUCUGGAUGGUGACUGGUUCGACUGCCAUGAUGUACAGGGAUACUUGACGCAACUGGGUAUCGUGCUAGAUGGCUCAUCUUUGUGGCUCCAGGUACCUGCUAUCACGGUAACGACCCUCUAUGGCUAUUCGCCUGCAGCAUCCGUAUCUCAAUGGUAUGGUUCUUCUUGCGACACAUCGCCGAGCGAGUUGAGUAUAUCGCAUGACUUGAGUGGGUCGACGUAUACUUUGGAUGCGGAGUGCUUUUUUGACUGUGAGUAUUCCGAUGCGUGA